UCAACAUGAUCUAAAUACGAACCGGUACAGGAGAUAGGAAGGCACCAAGGCAUCGUUGAAAAACAGGAAAGGGAAAUCAAACCAGAGAAAGAGUCGAGCAGUUCAUGUAAUUUGCCCUCUUUACAAUGUCUAUACAUUUGAAGAAUCUGUCGCUCUUGCACAGGCAGAUUGUGAAGGGAGACUUGAAGGCAUCUUCGUCUACACCUUCCACGCAAUUAUUCUUUCGAAGAUACUACUACAAACACGUUUCAAGCCCACUAGCAGCAACACUCCUGUCACCAGGAACGGACCUUGAUCGUCGCAAAGAAACAAAAAAAUAUUCGUCAUCACCGUUUUCAAAAAAUGUGACAGGGAGUGCUCGAAUGGAUGAAAUUCUGAAAAGUCCAAAAUGGCUUAUUCCAAGAAAGGGGACAGGUAAGGAAGAAUYAUUGACCGAAAAUAAUGGCGUAAGAUCCAUUUUUGGGACCGUUCGUUUUCUUUGUAUUUCAAUCAUUUCUUCAUUCUAAAUGUAUGUUGUAACUUGGGGAAUUUUUUCGACUAGGGUUCGACAACUUCUUGAAGAGAGACAAGAACGGUGAAGAUAACGGAGACACAGACUCCAACAAAGAAAAAAAUGAGGCUCCACGAAACAAUGAGGACGACGCAGAUUCAGAUGCUGUAGAAAAAGAAGGCAACGACACCAGUGAAAAAAAAUCAGAUGAAAAGUUGUUUGGAUCCUUCGGAUCGAACACACGAAACAAUAGUGAAGGCGGAAACGGAGGGAAUGGCGUGCCUCCGGACUUCACUGGCGCAUCGUUGCUUGCAACGCUCAUGCUGAUUGGUUUUACUUACUUUAUGAUACGAAACGAUGACGACAAUGUCGCACCGACUGAUUUUUCUCGGGAAAUCACCUGGAAUGAUUUCUGUAACUAUCUUUUGGAGACAGGUCAAGUAGAAAAGGUCGUUGUGACGAACAACCGAACGAUGGCGAAAGUGUUUUUAAAACGUGGCUCAUAUGGUCUUCCGCAACACCAAAAUCGACAUUUUCGGGGGACCUCUAAAAACCAAAUGUUUGAUGACUCGACGACACAAAUCCAACGUGAAUAUUCAUCUGACUCAACUAUCGACAAUUUCGGUGGAAUGCAGAAUCUCUCCGAUGGCACAGCUAAUCAACAUCAAAUUGUCUAUCGGUUUGCAAUUGGUAGCGUUGAUUCGUUUGAAAAGAAACUAGAAGAGGCACAAAAGGCUGUAGGAAUAGAUCCGAUGCAGGAAAUUCCGGUACAGUAUACAAAUGAAACUACGACCAAAUCAGAGGUAUUAAGCGUUUUGCCGUCGUUGGUACUGAUGGGGGCCGCAUUUUACUUCAUGCGCUUUGCUGCAGGAUCAAUGGGUGGAAUGGGGGGAUCCGGGCGUGGUGGUGGAAUGGGAGGUAAGAAAAUUUGUUAGGACAUUAUUUCAUGUCCUCUCAUGGCACGAAGAUUUCCAGAUAAUUUUAUUUCUUUGUCGGUUUUGUCAACAUGCCGAGCUCACAAGAUUGUAUUUUGAUUUGAAUUCCUCAGGUAUGUUUCAGGUAGGCAAGUCGACACACAAAAAGAUCAAGCCCGAAGAUGUGAAGGUAAAUUUUUCAAGCGUUGCGGGUUGCGAAGAAGCAAAGAAGGAAAUUGUGGAAUUUGUUGAUUUCUUACAAUCACCAGAACAAUUUACAAAGCUUGGGGCGAAAAUUCCAAAGGGAGCUCUUCUUUGUGGUCCUCCUGGAACUGGAAAGACCCUUCUUGCCAAGGCUGUGGCUGGCGAAGCGGGAGUCCCUUUCUUUUCUAUUAGCGGUUCUGAUUUCAUUGAAAUGUUUGUGGGUGUUGGACCAUCACGAGUUCGCGACUUAUUCAAGGAGGCAAGAGAGAAUUCACCGUGCAUUAUCUUCAUCGAUGAGAUAGAUGCUGUUGGUCGCCAACGUGGGCGUGGCGGGGUUGGAGGAAACGAUGAACGUGAAAACACUCUAAAUCAAAUGCUAGUAGAGAUGGAUGGAUUCGAUACAAAAAGUGGUGUUGUUGUCUUGGCCGGCACAAAUCGCGUGGACAUUCUGGACCAAGCCCUAACGCGUCCCGGUCGAUUUGACCGUCAAAUUACAGUGGAUAGACCAGAUCUCAAGGGAAGAAAAGAGAUUUUUAAAGUGCACCUAAAAGGUAUCACUCUCAAAGAUCCUAUCGACGACGUCGCUGGGAGGCUUGCGGGAUUAACACCUGGAUUUGCAGGAGCUGAUAUUGCCAAUAUCUGUAACGAGGCUGCUAUUGUUGCUGCCCGACGAAAGGCGGAUACGGUUAGUAUGGACGAUUUUGAGAAAGCAACUGAUCGAACUAUAGGAGGACUUGAAUCGAACAAGAUUAUGAGCGACGAAGAAAGAGCAAUUGUUGCAUAUCACGAGGCCGGGCAUGCAAUUGCUGGGUGGUUUCUCGAGCACGCAGAUCCACUCCUCAAAGUUACGAUAAUCCCAAGAAGUAGUGGUGCUCUUGGAUUUGCUCAAUAUCUCCCGAAAGAAGUCUUCUUGCGUACGCAAGAAGAAAUUAUGGACAUUGUGUGCAUGGCUUUGGCUGGUCGAGCAGCGGAAGAGAUAUUUUUCGGUAGAGUUACGACAGGAGCUUCGGACGAUUUGAGGAGGGUUACAGAUCUUGUAUACAGUACUAUCCAACUGUAUGGUAUGAACCCACGACUUGGACAGUUAGCUUUCCCGAAGGAUGACAACGCUAUGUUCGAUGAACGACCAUACUCGGAAAAGACAGCCAAUGCCAUGGAUGAAGAAGCAAGAACUAUAGUGGACGAGGCUUAUCAGCGUACAUUAGACCUAUUGAGGGAGAGAAAGAAUGAGGUGGAAAGUGUAGCGAAGAUGCUCUUAGAGAAGGAAACGAUUGUCCAUGACGACGUACAUGAGUUAGUUGGUCCUCGGCCAUUCAAGGGUGAUCCUCAAUAUGAAGAGUUUGUCAGAAGGCAUAGAGAGAAAAACAAUGAUAACGACGGAGACACGAAUGAGCUGACUGACUCAUCGGUAACUGGAGAUUCUACGAGUCCUGGUUUGGCAUUUCAGAGCAGCCAAAGAAUACAUUCUGAACUUCCAAAAAACUAAUAAAUCAAUAAAGUUCAAUAUCAUCAUCCUUAUGAAUUGUGAGUGUAUCAUUGUGAAGGGCAUGAAUGGCGGGCUUGUAAAUUCUAUUGUGGUGGUCGAAUCAAAGUGACGCAGAUAUCGGCAACAUUGGUGCCCGAUGGUCCUGUUUUAAUCAAUGGUGGUGGGAGAUUUUCUACUUCUUUUGAUGCGGCUUCCAAACUAUUUAGGUAUGGAUAUGAAUUGUGCGUAGCUAGGGCUUCUCGUGCCUGGCUUCUGGUUGAGCUAGUUGUGGUUGCAUCCACCACAGCACCCGCCGCAUCAGUCGGUCCAUCGCCACCAUCGGUGCCGACGCUGGUUAAAACCACAUUGCGCAAGUUCAACGAGUCCAAUUCCAGGGCUGCAGAUAAAGCCAAUUCCUGAUUUCGUCCUCCUUUACCACUGUUUGGUGGUAAUGAAACAGUGGUUUCUGAAAUGAGCGAUCAAAACGAAAGGUGAGAAGUGAAAUUCGUAGAUUAGGAUAUGAACAUUUCCUAAGAAAUACAACAGAACUAAGUGCAUUAUCUAGAGGUGCAUCAUGACGUACCUCCUCCAGCGAUCAGAGCUACGGGAAAAGAUUUUGCAACUGUACAAUCGGCAAUAUUUUCUUGAAUUCCUUCCUUGUGUUUUGAAUGUCGAGAAAGCGAUUUUUGGAUAUAUGAGGCCAUAGCAGUAUAUACUUUCGCAAUUUCUUUUGCUUCGCCUUGUAUUUCUGUGCCCAAAAUAACGGGAUUAUACCCGAGAUUUUUGGCAGAAUCAGAAGCAGCUUCUACUGCGAGAGAAUUGUUCCCUACCAAAAUAUUUUUCACACCUGCAAAAACAGGGUGGUCUGAUGAUGGAGAGUCUUCUAAUAUCCCAUCUCGGCCCUGCUCGAGCACUUCUAUAACCGCCUUGGGCAAUUUAUCUCGCAAGUUGUAUUGGUGAACAAUAUUCAAUCCAUCCUGCCAGGUACUCGUAUCUGGUACCGUUGGUCCACUGGCAAUCAAGUCCAAAGGAUCACCAAUAACGUCCGAUAAUAUUAAGGCUAAAAUAUGAGAUGGAAAGCAAGCAGAAGCCAAUCUCCCUCCCUUUCCGUGUUCCAAGCGCUUCCGCAAAACAUUCAUUUCUUCGAUCCCCAUUCCACUGGCCAACAAAACAGAAUUUACUAGUUGUAGGUCUUCGAGGGUGAGGGGAGGUGCAGGCUUACAGAAGAGAGCGGAGCCUCCACCACUUAUGCAGCAUAUGGCGAGCGUUCUGGGCGAUGCGUGCGAGGAGACCAAUUUCAUGAGUUCAUCAGCAGCCUUGCUAGAUCGGUCGUCCGGGACAGGAUGCGAGGCCUCGUAUAUGUCAACCCCAUGAUUGUUCAGUAUUUUUUUUUCGUAUUGUGUGACAUGACCAUCCUUACAUAUGACAACACCAUGGCAUGGAAUAUUGACGUUACUUUCCACCUCAUUUUGGGGGAAAAUUUGCUCGAGUACCGAAGUGGCCAUUGCAGAUGACGCUUUUCCAAAGGCUACUAGAAUAAUUUCAUCGUAGUCUUUUGCCAAAUUAAAUCUUAGUCUCUCCUUUUUCAAAUUCAAUGUAUCUCGUUCUCGCACCAAAUUUGAACGAAUGGCUGUGUAGGGAUCAACUGCCCGGAUAGCAUCCUUAAUUAUUUCCAUAGCAUCCCUUGUCAUCUCUUGUUCGUCGAGGUUCUGCAACGAAGAAAAAAGUCUAGUUGCCAUUGAUUUUCCGGCGGUUGGAACACAUGUAUUUGAAAACAGGCAGCAUCCCGGCAAGACUGCACCCCGACUUUUCAAAAACUCAGUUGCUGCUAUCGAGAACGGCAAACGCUGUGAACCUUUUGCUCUAACGGGAGAAUAAGACGACGCACGUGAC